AAAGCAUCAUAACUCAGCCGCUCCCUCCUCACAUCUCUUCUCUCUCCUCUCUCAUUGUGCUCUGCUGACUCAGUGCCUUAAGCAUCAUUCGCUCCCACUGGCACAAAACGCCAUCAUUGUGGAAAUUAAUACAGAUUUAGGAAAAGAUACAAUGGCCAAAACAGCUAUCGCCUACAAAGAGAAGAUGAAGGAGCUGUCCAUGCUCUCCCUCAUUUGCUCUUGCUUCAGCCCACAGCCACGCAAUAACAUUGUGUGUGAAUUUGAAGAUAUGGAGGUAAAGCCCAUAAAUAAAAGGGCAUCGGGGCAGGCGUUUGAGGUGAUCCUGAAACCACCCACUCCAGUGUCCGAGGUGGCCCCCAGCAUCACCACCCCUCCAAAGAAGAGGGAUGUCUCGCUGGAGGACAUCCAGAAGAAACUGGAGGCCGCUGAAGACCGCAGGAGGUCCCAGGAAGCUCAAGUGCUGAAAGCUCUGGCUGAGAAACGCGAGCACGAGAGGGAAGUGCUACUUAAAGCCAUGGAGGAAAACAGCAACUUCAGCAAGAUGGCAGAAGAAAAGCUCAUCCUGAAGAUGGAGCAAAUCAAGGAGAACCGUGAUGCUUACCUAGCAGCCAUCAUGGAGCGCCUGCACGAGAAGGAGCGACACGCUGCAGUGGUCCGCAGGAACAAGGAGCUGAGAGAAGAGCUGGAAGCGUGAAGAUCCUUCAUCUCCUCACAUCCUUCAUCAGCCAAUCUAUCAUCCUAUUCUGCUCACGCACACUUACACACAAACGCCGGUAAACAAAAGUCAAAACAACUAGUAUACUGUUUGAACGGUCCUGCUUGAUUUCAUAGAGUAAAGGGAAGACCCAAGUAUUAUUUUGUAUAUACAUCUUUUUUAUCUAUCUAUCUAUCUAUCUAUCUAUCUAUCUAUCUAUCUAUCUAUCUAUCUAUCUAUCUAUCUAUCUAUCUAUCUAUCUAUCUAUCUGAAUGAUGAUAAAUCAAACGUAUCAGAUCUACCCGAUACAAUGUCAAUUAUGUUCAAUAUCAUUUGUCAGUUCUUUGGUUCAGGCACAUCUGGUUUGAUCAUGUGAAAGGUUUCGGUGUCGUGAGUAAGCUGCUUGCUUACGUUUGCAGUGUUAAAUGAUGUAAAGUUUGGUGUAAUUGUGAAGAAUGCAAAAAGCUUCAGUGCUCAGGCCCCAGGUCAACAUAGGUUUAUCUUUUAAAUACAAACCCGCCACCAUAUCCAGACUCAUUGAUAUAUAGUGCACUUCGGUUUAUAUACAGCAUGAUCAAGACAGGCUUUUUUCUGAACAAAUAGCUUGAGUGCAGAAACAAAUAAAAGAUGUUAAUAGUGUCUCACUGGUAAACUAAAUCUCUCUGAAAGUAUGUGUUUGAGCUUUUGUUUUGAUAUUCUCUGUAAAAAUAAAUAUCACUUUCUUGAAAUGUUAUGAACAUGUGCAUGUUGACGUCUGCAAACCUAUUUUCACCGGCUGACGUUUGGAAGCACUUGCGCCCCUUCUGGACUCUCUGGAUCGGACAGCUUGACACAGCCUGCGUUAUGACUGAUAAAGAAAAGAGAACCGGCCAGGUCCUACAUAUAUAUAUAUAUAUUUUUUUUUUUCUCAAUUAUUGCUCCUUAUGAGCAAAAUAUCCGCACAUCGAUUUGGCACAUAUAAGGCUGUUGUUUGUCAUCUCUCGCUAGCAGUAGAAGGCAUCAUUAUUAGUACCGCGGUGUGUAUAAGGGAGUUAACCUCCUCGAAUGUUUUGUCAUCUGUUUAGCUUGAUAAAAUAGGUAACAUCUUUACCAGCUGAAUGUAUCCUCCUAUACUCCCGACAACAGCCCUUGACGUGUGACAAAUUUUUAUGUUAUUUAUUUCAGUCAGAUUGAAUGAGUGAGUGUAAGUGUGUGUGUCCAUGUUAGGUUGACCGAGCAUUUGUGUGCUUUCCGGAAGAUAAUGCAUAUGCACAAUAUGCACUGAAUGGUUAAACUGUAUAUUUUCCCUUAAAUCACUGUUUCCUCUAUAAAUGCUAGACGCGUCCUCGGCUGCCAAAUUGUCUUUUUUCCCCACUCUCAUUUCUGUGUGUGCAAACUUUGGUGAAAAUAAAGGUUUGGGGUUCUGUGAACAAUG